AUCAGUUGACAGACAGGGCUGUGUGAAGACAAAUGGGACAUGCAAUUUACUGAUAGAUAUGACGUAAAAAAAAAAUCCUCUCUCUUUCUUUUACUCUCUCUCUCGUUGUGUUUGUGUGUGUGUUGAGAAAUGGGUUGGUCGUUCUCAGUGAUGUCAUCCGUUUCCCUCCCUCCAGAGGCACAUUGCUGCACUGUAGAGUGAAGUGGAGAAUUGCGCGCGCUUCGGAAAGACGCGCGACUCAGAGGGCAAGACGUAAAAGAAGACAAACUGCACAGAUCAGCACCGGUGGAAUGUCAUCUCUGGAUUAUCACUCUGAACGCCAUGUCCGACAUAAAAACGUCCCGAUAACAUCUGUGAAGUCGCUGCGCGCGCUUUAACGUCUGUCAUAAGACAAGUGCGCACUUGUGGAGCGAGAUGGAAACCGGAGGAACUCUUUGCACCUUUUAUAUGGCGUGCUGAUGUAAGACACCGACGCGUCUUUUAGGCUGUCCUGAUUCACGCGCCGAGCGGAGAGGAUGCGCGCAACAUGGACUUAAGGGAACACAACGACACGGAGGAGUUCAACACGACUGCAGUUGCAGCGUGGCCGCACACGGAGGCCGCGGCGGGCUUCAUCAUCCUCGUGGCGUCGCUUCUCAUCCUGGUUACCAUCGUUGGGAACGCGCUGGUCAUCGUAGCCGUGCUGACAAGCCAUGCGUUGCGCGCGCCCCAAAACCUCUUUCUGGUGUCUCUGGCCUCAGCGGACAUCCUGGUGGCGGCUCUUGUCAUCCCGUUCUCACUCGCCAACGAGGUGAUGGGGUACUGGCUCUUCGGCAGCGCGUGGUGCGCGCUCUACCUGGCGCUGGACGUGCUCUUCUGUACGUCCUCCAUCGUGCACCUGUGCGCAAUCAGCCUAGACCGCUACUGGUCGGUAACCGAGGCGGUGAGCUACAACGCGAAGCGCACGCCAGCGCGCAUUAAAUCCACAAUCGCGGUGGUGUGGGCGAUCUCCGCGGUCAUCUCCUUCCCGCCGCUGGUCAUGACCGAGCACAACGAAAGAGUAUGCACCAUUAACGAGGAGCCGUGGUACAUCCUGUCGUCGGCGAUCGUGUCCUUCUUUGCGCCCGCGCUCAUCAUGAUCGCCGUCUACCGCAAGAUCUACCGCGUGGCCAAGCAGCGCGCGUCAGCCGUCUUCGCAGCUAAAAACGGUGGUCCACGGCCGCGCGCCUCACCUUCCGACACGUGCCUGGCGCGCGAUACCAAACCUGAAGCGGAGAGCCCGAGCAGCCUGAGCUCCGGGAGCAACCGGCAGCAGCAUGAACGGAAAAGAAACGACGACGAAGACGACGACGAAGAGGAGCUCGACGACAUUGAUCUGGAGGAGAGCUGCGCGUGGGACGGUCAGCCGAAAAAAAGCGGCAGCGCGCGUUUCGCCAAGCGCAGGAAAGAGGAAAGUCGGACGGAGCGAACCUGCUGCCGCACCACCCCGUGGGCCUCGAAACAAUCCCGUACUGUGCCGCGCGUCUCCAGGCCGCUGAAAGUCACGAGGCCAAGCGCGAGGAAAACCAGAGCGGCGCAGAUGCGCGAGAGGCGCUUCACCUUCGUCCUCGCGGUGGUGAUGGGAGUGUUCGUGCUUUGCUGGUUCCCGUUUUUCUUCACGUACAGCCUGCAGGCGGUGUGUGGGGAACGGUGCCGCGCGCCAGAGGGCCUUUUCAAGAUCUUCUUCUGGAUCGGUUACUGUAACAGCUCCGUUAACCCCAUCAUUUAUACAAUAUUUAACCGGGACUUCCGGAAAGCGUUUAAGAAAAUCAUGUGUGCGCCUGCAACUCAGCGCGUCUGAUCAGGAGUUUUGCUGAGAACUUUGGCCUCUGGACUUCAUGGACGAGUUCAUUUAAAAACGGGGUUGCCUAAUAGUAUCUUUUAUUUCACUCCACAUCACGGCUUAAAACUCAAAAUUAGACAAAAAUAUGAUUUUGCCAAAUUAACGCCAAGCUUUGUUGAAAUUUCAAGGUUCACCAAACCAGGGCAGCUCUUUAUAGCGCAUAAUAAUAAUAAUAAUAAUAAUAAUAAUAAUAAUAAUAAUAAUAAUAACUCAAAUAAAACUAACAACAACAACAACAACAAUAAUAAUAAUAAUAAUAAUAAUAAUAAUAAUAAUAAUAAUAUUAAUAAAUGAAAAUAGCCCAAAUUCUAUGUUUCCACAGCACAAUGUUAUUAAAAUGAACAAAUAAACCCGUAACCUUGUAAAUCUGGCAGCGCUAUUUUAUUGAAAUGAUGUUUGCUCAUUAUAUUUGUACAUAGCCUACUUGAAAAUGUUUAUAAUGUAAGAAAAAGAAAAAGUUUAAAUGAUUAAAAUAAGCUAUAAAUGUGCCAGGUACUUCCUUGUUUGUCUUGAUGUUUUGACGUAUUUCAACAUAAUGCUCAACUGUCUGAAAUCAGGACUCAGCAUAAUGUUCUAUAAGUCAUGAAUCUGCUAAUUCUUUCAGUCUGUUAUACAAAUUAAUUAUUUUCAUUAACAACAAGACAUGUUUGCCUUACAUUUUCACAGAGGUGAAGAAAAAAAAAGACAGUAUUAUGAACAGUACUGGAGAAUCUAAAUUAAUUUGUCUAAGUUUGUGCAGUGCCAAUUUUAAUUGCCAAUAACAGUAUUGAAUUAACACUUAAAGUGUUCCUUUGUGUGCAGCUGGGCUUAUAUAACCUUGCUAAUUACAGUGUUAAUUAGUUUAUUAAACACAAGUUCAUUUAUGAUUGUAGCUGUAAAUUUGACAUGAAGGUUUUUUUUUCUGCAGCAUUGUGGCAUUUUGCUGUAUACCGAUUACACAAAAAGUUGCUCUAAUUAAUUUAAGGAUUGGAGCCAAACCGAGCUGAGACAUGAAACCUUAGUUUUGAUUCAUAUUUAAAUAACUGGAUUAAUUAAAUUUUGUGUUCAUUAACAAGUGGAUUGUGAUUAUGCCACGUUGUGGCACCUAAUGUUCGUUGUUAUACAUAUGUUCUGUUAUUUUGUACAUAUAAGACUGAAAAAUGAUCAGUGUUAAUAUACAAUGAAUCCAGUUACUCCAAAAAGUCAUUUACUCAGAUUGGCAUUUUGCUACAUUGACCAAAAGCUUAGUGGGGUCUCAGCUCCAAGACCCCCAAGAGUGCACAAAUUACAUUUCCUCAUUUAACCUAAGCAGAAAAUCUUGUCCUGGAGCGACACAAGACUGCACAAUCCAGUGCUAUCCCUGCCAUAACAAAUCUGAAACAACUCAUGAAGGGCUUGCUAAUUACUUAACACCUACGUGUUAAACCAGGGGGAACAUCGAACUAUGUAGGACGGGAGUUUAAUAUUUGUCCUAAAAGCACUCCUUAAGUGGUUUUAAGAGUGAGACAUUUUCUAUUAUUUUGUUUCCUGUGUUCCAGCACAGUAACUGUGAUCCUUAAAGAGUAAAAUCUCUACUUUCAUUUUUAAUAUUUAUUAUAAAAAGGUAUUUAUAUCUAUCUACCUGGUGGUCCAUAUAAGUAUCACAUUCCUUUUAUACUUUUCUCCUUGAGAUUUUGCACUUGGUUGCUCAUGUUUAGUACUUGGGUGCAAAUCCUUUGCAAUUUACAAUGCACAGACAUCACCACAAGGCACAAGGCUAAGUAUUUUAUUUUAGUGAUGCCCUGCGAGGUCUUUCUGCUUGUUUACAGGCUAUUUGCCUUUAGUCUUUUCUUUAAAUGCACUUUGGCUUGUAUACAAGUCAUGGCAUGCCACUGAAAAACUCUGGACUCCCGCAAGGUGACGUGGCAUUGAGUUUCUGAGACAUGCCUUUGGAUUUUCUUAGUGAAGAUGCUGGAGACUUCAGAAUUCAUCCUGAUGUUUUUUUUUUUUUUUUUUUUUUUUUUUUUCAUUCCAGUUUAAACCAUGUUUCAUAUAAGAGGUGGUAUAUGUUAUGAAUAAAACUCCACAUCUUUAAAAAAGUAACAGGUUGCAUCAUCAUUUCAGUUGUUUAUUCGAUUUUGAUGCUGUAUUGGAGCUUGUUCUCAACCAUUAGUCCAUUUGAGAAGUGCAAACCAAACAUAUAGGAAGUGGUAGCUCAGUCGUUAAGAUGUUAGCCUUCUCUAAUUGGAAGGUUAUGAGUUCAAAUCCCAGCACUGCCAGGCUGCCAUUGUUGGGCUAUUGAGAAAGGCUCUUAACGCUCAGUUAUAUAAAAAUGAGGUAAUUGUAAGUCGCUCUGGAUAUGGGUGUCUGCCAAAUGCUGUAAUGUAAUCUUAAUUUUCUAUUGUUCAAUUUCCCACUGCACAAAUUGACCUCUUUCAGACUUAUGUUAAACAACCAAAACCUGUAUAACUUGUGGAGAGAAUAUGUUAUUGUUCCCCCAAACUGAUCAGUUAGUCAGUCCUGCUGAAAAAUAAACAAAUAAAACAAUAGAAACCCUUAUAGAAUUUGUAAUGGUUCUAAUGGCUAUAACAGGAAUUGUAAUGGUUUUAAUGGAAACAGUAAUGGUCCCUGUGGGUAUCUACUGGUAAUUUGUUGCCUUCUUUUGGUGGCAUGUUAUUUCUAGUGGAUACCAAUAAGAACCAAUAAUAGUAAUGAUUUUAGUAGUUAGCUGAUGGUUUGUAAUGGUAUUUGUAGUGGAAACCAUUCAAAUUUCUGGUUUCUAUAGUAUUUUGAGCAGGGAGAAGACACGAGACUCAAACAAAUUGAUCCUACCAGAGGCAAUAAAAUCCAUAUGUGGUCCAGUAAUAUGUAGCGAACCACAAACAUCUAAAUUACUCCAUACUUAAUCAACAGAAAGGGUGGAAUGGGCCUCACUUAUCAUUUACCAAACAGGAUGUGAACAAAUGUAUUUAAAAAUUGUUCACAGGAUCAUUUAAAUACCGUAUUCAUGAAAAUACAGAUAGUUCAUAAAAUGUCUGUAUCCUGUGAAAAUUCUGGGCUUCAUGUAAAUUUAAGUAUAAGCAGACUCGCUAAUGUGAAUGUCACUUGAUCAUCUCAAUUGGUAUAACUGGCAAUGGGUUGUUGACUGCAAUUUUAUAAACAGUCGUUUCCUGUUAAUGGUUAGAAAGAAAGCUAUCUGAAGUAAAUACCUACAUUAAGAAAAUAAGACUAGCUAAUCAAUUAGAUCACAUGAAAUGUAACUGUAUUAAAGCAGGAAGAGUUAGAGUGUGUUUCCAGUAUGCUUUGCAAUGGCUGAGAUGCAUUACUACAAAAUUUAUGCUGUGGGAAGUCAGAACUCAGAAUGACAGCAUUUUUUUACCUCAGUGCAUUUGAGCUAUAAAGUGGGAAAAAACAUGGAUGCCUUCAUGUUACUUUUUUUUAUUAGCAACAAUCUAGUCAUAAGUGAUUGAUAUUUACCUCCUCAGAACACUGAACUGCAUAGUACAUGUUAUAGAUUUAACAAUCUGUAUAUUGAUUGGACUAAAGCAAAUACUUGGACUGUACAUACAGUAAAACUCAUUCAACAGUAAAUAAGUGCUACUUUGUUUACUACUAAUGCUGUGAGAUUUGACAUCGCUUGCUGGACUGAGACCUUCCCAGCACUUUGAGUUGAGGGGAUGUUUUCUUUGCUUUUUCCUAGUCAGAGGUCAGAAAUUCCAAGUUUACUUAGUUUAGUUGAACGCAGCAUUAGCAAGCAUCAUUAUUAGGAGGUACUCUUUCACCAUUCACUCAUAAUUGUGUCAUUCUCAGCUGUCUGUGAGCUUUGCCUUUUAUGUAUUUCAUAGCCAUCACUGAAUGGGAGCUGGGAAUUGUUGGGAAAUGGGAAUUGUUAUUCAGCUCAGUAAGUCAGGUACAAAUAAAUUGCAUCUCUCUCAUUCAAAGAACUGAGUGCUCUUAGGAUGAUGUGGAAUUUCAUACCACUGUCUGGAUGGCAGGUGUGCCUGGGUUAAACAGACCAGAAAUCAAUUGAUGAUAGACAUGUGGAAAUUGGAAGCACUACUCUCAAAGGUUUUACACUCACUGGUGAAUUUCUAUCAGGCAAACACAAUAAGUGCUUUGUACAGACCAUGUUUUUUCACGCCAAACAAAUGCAUUUCUUUUGUUAAAAUGGACAAAAAUACUAGACCUGUUGAUGCACUUUUUUUAUUCAAAAAAUGUAACCUGGUCUUUUGGUUCUUGAGACUUGGAGGCUUAAAGUGUUUUUCAGAAACCUGAUCUUAAGCAAAAUUUGUAAGGGCUAUGUGGAUGGCAUUUAUUUAAUACAAAGAAAUACCCAAAUAACUGCUAAUCAUGCCCGGAACUCUAACUUAAACCUUUUGUAAUGUUUUAGAUCAAGUUCAGUGGUGGGAUUUGCGAGCAUGAAACCAUGUUUUUU